AUGGCGAACCUUAGGCCUAUAAGUUUGUGCUCAGUUCUUUAUAAAGUCAUUUCAAAGAUCCUAGUAAAGAGAGUUCAGCCUUAUCUGCCUGAGAUAGUUUCUGAAACUCAAUCAGCCUUUGUUGAAGAGAGACUCAUCACGGACAACAUCUUGAUAGCACAUGAAUUGGUUCACAGCCUAAAAGUCCACCCGAGAGUCUCAUCAGAAUAUAUGGCGGUGAAGUCCGAUAUGUCUAAAGCUUUCGACAGAGUCGAAUGGAGCUACCUGAGAUCCUUACUUUUAGCUCUGGGAUUCCAUCAGAAAUGGGUUAACUGGCGAGGAUUGAGACAAGGAGACCCUCUUUCUCCUUUCAUGUUUGUUCUAUGUACUGAGGGUUUGUCUCAUCUCCUUAACAAAGCUCAAAGUGAAGGAAUUUUGGAUGGUAUUCAAUUCUCAGAUAAUGGUCCAGUCAUUCACCACCUCCUCUUUGCAGACGAUAGCCUCUUCCUAUGUAAAGCUUCAAAAGAGAAAAGUAUGGUGCUUCAGGAAAUUCUGAGAAUCUACGGCAAAGCAACAGGUGGUAAGGAAGUCCUGCUGAAGUCAGUAGCUUUGGCUAUGCCGGUCUUUGCUAUGUCCUGUUUCAAGCUUCCAAAAACCACUUGUGAAAACCUAGAAAGUGCAAUGGCUUCUUUUUGGUGGAAUUCAGAAGAACAUUCAAGGAAAAUUCAUUGGAAAAGCUGGGACAAACUUUGUUUAUCAAAAGAUCUUGGUAGUUUGGAUUUCCGUAACAUUCAAUCCUUCGAUCAAGCUUUAUUGGCAAAGCAAGCUUGGCGUCUUGUGCAAUACCCAGAUUGUCUUUUAGAUAAACUUAUGAAAAGUAGAUACUACGAUGAGGAGAUCUUUUUUGAUGCAUCUUUGAGCCAACGACCAUCUUUUGCGUGGCGAAGUAUCCUCUUUGGUAGGGAUCUCUUGAAGAAAGGUCUGAUCAAAAGAGUCGGUAAUGGCAAGUCAAUGCUAGUAUGGCUAGAUAAAUGGCUUGAUGAUGAAGGAGUUAGAGCUCCAUGGAGGAAAAACCAGUUCUUUGAAGUAGGGUUAAAGGUGAGCUCUCUAAUUAACCCCAGAACUGGUUAUUGGGAUUCAGACUUAUUACAAGACCUUUUCCUCCCUCAUGAUAUAUCACUAAUCAAAGCAUUAAAACCGAUGGUUUCAAUAGAAGACUUCUAA